AUGUUCAAAGGACUGGUAAGCGGCCUUGUGGCCGUCGCCGCGUUGCAAGACCUUGUGGCGGCUUCGCCAUCGCUGCACCGCCGCAACCGCUGCACCGAGCUCGAAGAAUUCAUCAAAAAGCAGAACAAAGUCUCCAUCGACGGUGUUCUCGCAAACAUUGGCCCCGAUGGAGCAAAGGCCAAGGGCGCGUCCCCCGGCGUCGUCGUGGCCAGCCCGUCCAGGUCCGAUCCCGACUACUGGUACACAUGGAGCCGAGACGCCGCUCUGACAUACAAGGUCCUUGUCGAGCGCUUGAUCCACGGUGAUAAGUCGCUCCAAUCGCGGAUUGAUGACUACGUCUCCGCCCAAGCCGAGCUACAAGGCCUCACAAACCCCUCUGGCGGCCCAGACUCGGGCGGCCUCGGCGAGCCAAAGUUCAACGUGAACCUGACCGCCUUCACCGGCUCAUGGGGCCGCCCACAGCGCGACGGGCCCGCCUUGAGGGCCACGGCACUCAUCCUCUACGCCAACUGGCUCGUGGACAACGGCGCCCGCGACCAGGCCGUCGACAAGGUGUGGCCAGUGAUCGCCAAGGACCUCGACUACACGACGCGGUUCUGGAACCGGACAGGCUAUGACCUGUGGGAGGAGAUCAACGGGUCAUCCUUCUUCACGCUCUCGGCGUCGCACCGCGCCCUGGUCGAGGGCGCCGCGCUGGGCAAGACGCUGGGCAAGACGUGUACCGACUGUGCCGCGUCGGCGCCCAAGGUGCUAUGCUUCAUGCAGAGCUUCUGGGUUGGCGGGUACAUCGACUCCAACAUCAAUGUCAAUGACGGCCGUACGGGCAAGGACGUCAACUCCAUCAUCUCGUCCAUCCACACGUUCGAUCCGGAGGCGGACUGCACCGACGCCACCUUCCAGCCGUGCUCUGCGAGGGCCCUCGCAAAUCAUAAGGCGGUGACGGACUCGUUCCGCACUAUCUAUGGCGUCAACAAGGGCAUCCCGCAAGGCAGGGCCGUAGCCGUGGGCCGGUACGCCGAAGACGUGUACUACAACGGCAACCCGUGGUACCUGGCCACCAACGCCGCCGCCGAGCAGCUAUACGCCGCUCUGUACCAGUGGAAGCGAAUUGGGUCGAUUUCCAUCACGGACGUGUCGCUGCCCUUCUUCAAGGACCUCAUUCCCGAUAUCAAGACCGGCAAAUAUGACAAAAACAGCAAGGAAUUCAAAUCGAUCACGAAAGCCGUCAAGUUGUAUAGCGAUGACUUCCUGGCCGUGGGCAAGAAGUAUACGCCGGCAGAGGGGUCUUUGUCGGAGCAAUUCGAUAGGAACUCGGGGGCGCCGGAGUCAGCGGUUGACCUGACCUGGUCCUACGCCUCCUUCAUCAGCGCCACUGAACGUCGUGUGGGCAUCAUGUCACGUUCGUGGGGUGAGCGGGGAGCGAACACCGUCCCCUCGGUUUGCGAACCCGCUCCUUCGUGCGACGUAGACGUCACGUUCAACGUACGAGCCACCACGGUUGCCGGUGAGACCGUUUUCGUUGUGGGAGGCAUCACCGAACUGAGCAAUUGGUCUCCUGCCAACGGCAUUCCACUGGCAGCGUCAAAAGAUACGUCUGGAGGCCCUCUCUGGAAAGCCAAGGUCAAGAUUCCGUCAGAGACGAGCUUCGAGUACAAGUACAUCAAGAAGAACGGCAACGGCGAUGUGACGUGGGAGAGCGACCCGAACAGGAGCGGGAAGACGGGCAAGGAGUGUAAUGCUGCGGAAACGCUCGACGAUGAGUGGAGGUAA